AUGCUCAAAAUGAACAACUUUUCAUAUGAUCAAGAUUCAAUCAAUGUAAAAGAUAAUCCCGUUGACAGUAGUCAAUCGGAUAAUGAACCAAAUGAUGGUGAUAGUAAUGCAAAUGAAACAUCAGAAUCACCAAGUACAAAUGAAAAAGAACAAGAAUCUGAACCAGAAUCAGAAUCUGAAACAGAUCAAGAUCCAGAAGAUAUACGUGAUGAUUUUGAUAAUCAAUUUGAUACAAAAACAGCAACUAAAAAUGAACCACGUGGUGAUGAAUCGGAUGGUGAAGAUGAAUCACCAUCCGAUUCAUCAUCAUCAUCUUUAUCAAAUCCUGAAAAUCCAGAAAAUCAAGAAGAUGAUGACCGUGAUGAUGAUGACGAUGAUGAUGAUGAUCGUGAUGAAUCGAUUCCAAUACCGAAAAUCAAAACAUAA